CUGACUCGUUUAAGGAAGGAACAGGAAGUGCUGCUGCGUUGCUGCCGUACGGACACCAGAUGCAAGGUUUUAAUGGAGAUCGAUAAGGAAGACUUGUGUAAACAUUUCCAACCUGAACACGAUGCUGCAAUGCAACAGUGUUAAAGCAGUGGGAGGGGUCCUAAAGGAUAGCAAAAUGUGGCGAUUUGGAAGAACGACAGGAAGAGGAGCUGUAAGCUGGAGAUCUUACAGUGCACUAAAGGAUUACAAACAUGAAGCAGUUCCAGGGAGAAAAGUGGAGUUCACAUUUCCACCUAGUGACUUCUGCUGUGUCAGAAAAGCAGGAUCCUUAUUACAUGCCAAGUGGAUGAGUCGUUGUGGAUGUGGGUGGAGUGAACGGGUACCGUUAAUGGGUUCAUCAUUCUCUGGUUACAGUUUAAGAUCAUAUUCCUCUGGCACAGCAACCACAGAUCCCAUAGAGAUCCACAAACAAAAGUUAAUGCUGUGGUUCAGCCACUUACCUCAGGAAGAAAAACAGUUUGGGGGUUUCUUCUCUCCUGAAACCAUGCAUAUAGAGCCACUUAUUCUUGAAAAAAACCCAGAUGAGAGGAAAGACCUCUCGAUUAACCCUUUCAAAGGAAAUGAAUCAAUGAAACGCUCAAUCACACCUGAACAGCUGUUUGAUGCAAAACACGGCAUUAAGGAUGGAAAAGGACACAACAUAUUGCUGUAUGGAGCUGUUGGCACUGGGAAGAGUACAGUUGUCCGCAAGCUGGUUUUGGACUGGUGUGCUGGAUCAGCUCUUUCCCAGUUCAAGCUGUUGGUGCCCUUCUCUUGUGAGGAUCUCGCUCAGUUGUCUAAAUCCGCAUCACUACGAGACCUUGUGGGUAGAAAAUAUGUACACCUUCGGAAGACACCAUUUCUCAGUGGAGAUAAUAACCAAGCCAGCGAGAUCCUCUUCAUCUUCAACGGAAUGGAGAAAAUGAAGCUAGACUUUAGGAUUGGCAGCACUGAAUUAUGCAGUGAUCCUAAUGAGGCUCUGUCAUCAGGAGCUAUUGUAGUGAACUUGCUGAGGAAAUACCUACUACCUGAGGCCAGCAUUUUGGUUACAACCAGGCUAUCUGCUGUAGAUUAUAUCCCAAAGAAAUAUGUGCACCGCUAUGCUCAAAUCUAUGGUUUCAACGAUCCUGAUCUCCAGAGAACAUACUUCACAAGCAGACUGUUACAACAAAGUGGAGAAAAGCCAAGCAAAGAGGCAGAAUCUCUGAUAGAGAUGCUCUACCUCAACCUGCAGCGUGAGAGCCAGUUAGCAGCAGCCUGCUUUUUACCUUCCUACUGCUGGCUCACAUGCGCCACGCUCCACUUCCUUCACUUUACUGAUGCCAAGGCACCCAUUCGCACUCUUACUGGUAUCUACACAAGCUUCCUGAGGCUUAACUUUGGAGGAGAGGUGAUGACAAUAGGAGGAGACCAAGCUUCACAAGAGAACCAGAAUUCGUUAAUGCUCUAUGUGGUUCGCACUGUGGGGAAGCUGGCUUUUGAUGGAGUCAGCAGUAAACAUACUUCCUAUUCUGAGACCGAUCUUGAACAGUGGAUUGGUGGGAAGAUCAAAACUGAUGAAGAGCUUCAGCAACUGGCAGUGUUUCGUACAGAUGUUCUAGACUUCUUCCUCGUUCCCUUUGUAGAACAUGGUCAAAAGCUUACAGAAUCCAAUGAGAAACGCUUUGUUUUUGCUGUUCCAGCCAUGCAGGAGUAUUUGGCUGCCCUUUAUGUUGUUCUUGGUGAGAACAAAACGGCCCUGGAGAAAGUCACUAAGCAAGUGUCAUCAGUCCUUGGACAAGCUGGCGAGGACAUCACCACCUUAAUGACCAUUCUCUCUAAGUUCAUACCUCUCAGGAUCUUUGCCCUGUUUAACUUGGUGAAGCUGUUCCCCAAAUUCUUUGAUCGGAUAACUAGUCUUAGUAGGGGACGCAUCGCCAACACUAUGGCUGCAGAAAUGUUCCGCUCGGAAGACAGCUACAAUGAAGAUGUUCUCGAUCAGGUGGAGCAAAGCUUGCUUGGAGUGCAAGGCCCGCAACCAGAGCAAAAAGAUGAUACCAGGUCCUUUGAGUUGUACCCGAUCUUUAUGGGAGGACUUCUACAUUAUGGGAACAGAAGGCUACUGGAGCAACUUGGAUGUGACAUUAAGAGCACCACAGUGGUCCAGAUCACUCGAACACUAAAGAAGCAGCUGAUCAAGGAAAGCUGCAAGCAGCAGCCACCUGAGGAGUUGAUGGAUUUGCUGGUUUUGCUCUACGAGCUACAGAACCCUCGGCUAAUGGCCGAAGUGCUGCAAUCUGUCAAAAUCAUCAACCUGUCCAAUGUGCGCAUGACCCCACUGAAGUGUUUUGUGCUGAGCUCAGUGUUAAACUGCUUACCUUCUGGCUCUGUGCUGAAUGAGCUCAACCUGUCCUCCUGCCAUGUCACUCCAGAGUUGCUACAAACCUUAUAUCCUGCCUUUAACAACACCAGAAGCAUCAAUCUGCAGUUUAACAACCUGGAUUCCGAAUCCUGCAUAAUGCUGCGAGAUCUCCUGCUCGAACCCAACUCUAAAAUUAAAUCAUUACAGUUGUGUGAUAACUCUUUGCUGGACAGAGGGGUUAGCCAUCUUCUGGAUGCUCUGUCUGGUAACCAGUCUUUACAGAAGCUGUCUCUGAUGCAUACUGGCCUUGGAGAUGGUGCUGCUUCUGAAUUAGCUGAAAAGCUGGCCUUGCAUGGUGGGUUACAGGAGCUGAAUGUGGCCUACAACAACAUUGGAGAUGGUGCGGCACUCAAACUGGUAGACGCCUGCAGAGAGCACCCUACUAUUCACACAUUACACUUGUAUUUGAACCAGCUAACCGACGUGGGGAAGCAGUCGUUGCAUGUCCGUGGUGUUCCGCAGGUCAAAGGCGGAAGACGUGUAAAAGUGCUGGCUUCGGUGACCGAGGGCUCGGACAUCUCAGAGGACUGGCAUCCCAUUUUGAGCAUCAUAGGAAAGAACUCAUUAUCCUGGGAAAGGGAACGUGUACGUGAACAGCUUCUGAUCUUCGUGAAGGAUCUGGAGUGGGGUCGCAAACAGAAUUCAAACUUCUUGAAGAAGUUGCACUUCCGCAGAGUGGAGCGCGUGGUGAGGCAGACUCUGCGCAUGCUGGAAAAAGGAAGCAACGUUAAUUGAUACAACCGCCUUGCUUUAAACAUAGCUUUGGUGCUCUUCUGGGAAAAAUGUAGCAUACAAGAUUUUGUGCAUUUUGUGUACAAAUUAGUGCAGCACUGGUCUUCCUUUUUCCAUUAUUUUCCAUCACUUAAAUCGGUACUGGAGUACUCAGCUCGGGUGCACAUAAAUAUGGCCUUAAGUAUGCAGACACCUGACCAGUCACAUAUAUAUCCUUGUACAUUUACCUUUUACCCAUUGCAGAUCUAGUCCUUUUUUUGAUACCUGAAAAGGCUUUCCACAAGAUUCUAAAGUGUGGGUGUUGAGAUUUGUGCUCUUUCAGCCACAACAGCAUUAGUAAGUUCCAGCACUGACCUUUGGUGAGGUCUUGUGUGCAGUCAGCAUCCCAUUUCAUCCCAAUAUUGUUCAGUGCGGUUGAGGUCAAUGCUCUGUGCAGGACACUACAUUUCUUUCUUUCACUCCAACCUUGAAAAACGAUGUCUUCACAUGCUGGAAAAUGUUCUGGGAUCCUUGGUUCCAGUUGAGAGAAAUUGCAAUGCUGCUUCAAACAAAUAAUAAACUUUGCUGCAACAUUUUGGGAAAGACCAACAUAUUGUGAUAGUCAGGUGUCUGCAUACAUUUGGUCUUUAUGUUUAACAGGGGCAAAGAAAACUGUUACAUUUGCUUGUUCAUGUGGAUGCUUUUUAUUGUUGAAUAGUGUUAGGAAUGAAUUAUGUACCAAGCACGUCUUCCUUGUUUGAGUGUUCGAAUUGCAUUAUUUGCCAUGAAAUGAAAUGAAAAUUUGGUAUUAGA